AUGUCAACUCAGAUUCCAAGUCUCGACGCGAUGAUGAAGCUGGCCGUCCUCGCCAUCCUCGGCGCCUCCUUUGUGGCAGCCGUCCCGGACUCUACCAUCACCCUUUAUGCCCGACAGGCGACGACCGCGCCGCCCUCGUCCGCCUCCAUGACCUCACCGCCCUUGACAACGCUGGAGCCUUCAUCGACGCUCCGCGAUCCAUGGCAAUGCGCAACUCAGAACCUGUCGCAGUACUUCGACGUGCCCAAGCCCUCGGGCACGUUGAGCGCGGCCAUCGACAUGUACGUCGACGAGCUCGUCGAGCCCUGCCUCGAGACGGCCACGGGCGCGGACCUGUUCAACUGCCGUGUCACCGAGUCAUCGCAGCUAUGCGGCUUCACCACCUUCGCGUCGGCGACUCCCGCGCUCAUCACGGCAUUUGCGUCGUAUGAGAGCGCCGCCGCCUCCUUCUGGCGCAGCAACAGUGAGAGCGUGAGCUCAUUGUCCGUGGAAUGCGCGUCGGCCUGGAACCACUUCGGUGAGCUCAAGCACGCUUGGCUGAACCAGACCAUCGCCUACGCCAGCUGCGUGCUGGACGACUUGCCCCCCGUCAGCACGACCACCGGUUCUUCCGGAUCGUCUACCACCCCCGGCACAGCGGUAACUGGGACUACGAGUAGCACAACGAACACGGCUGGGUUGGCCAAGAGGACGGAUAUGUGGAUGCUUGCUGGCACUGGAGUAAUUGCUGGAGCUGCUAAUGUCUUUGCCUAA